GAUAAUUCGCGAAACGAAUGGGUUUUCAAAAGAGCAAUUGCAAUUCAGACGUAUCGAAACUAUUAUCACAUUACAGUACCUUGGAAUAUUUUUUGUUUUCCUACUGAAUGCAUAUACAACUUUUGUACAAGAACGGAGACCGUGGAGCAGGAAGAAACAAAUGUAUUGUUUUAUUUUCAAGUAAGUUGUUGCUAAAUAUAGUUUUAAUCCUUUUAAUUUGUCGUUACUGUUUGAUUUUAAUGAGGAAGCCAAAUACUCACAGCUAUUGUCUACAACUUAAGAGCGACGGUCAGGAAAUAUCGACCAUCGAGUGACAAGAGCUCAAAAAUCGAUUUCCUUAAAUUUUUGUCCAUAACACGAAGACGCCUGAUUGCGUUUACGCGGGAUGUGUUGGUGUAAGUAAGAAUUAUGUUGAAUGGCGUUGGAAAGUUGAGUAGGGUAUCAACAACAAAUGUGUGCAGGAGAGAGGGGGAUUUUCAGUAUUAUAAGUGUAAAAGGAUAUAAAGAGAAAGAUGACAUGGUCAGAAUAAAGUGAGCGUGAAGACUUUCGAUAAUAGGUGCGGUUGCAGGGGACACUUUACCGUGGUAAAUGACCCUUUUACCGCGCUAAAUUGACGUGGUGCGUGUGACCUGACUUUCACCAGAUAAAUUUAUCAACUGGGAAAUAUCCCUACCCAAGGGAGAAAAGCCAACAAGGUUUUCUAUUUGACUUCAACAUGAAACCACCAAAAAAUGUUUUAGUUGUUGUUGUUGUUGUUUUUUAUUGGGAUUAUUUCGCACUGUUGAGAGAAAGAUCGAUGUUGAUAUGGCAGAUUUCACGUUAAGAUUAGGGAAAAUUUUGGACUCGUUUGUUGGGCUAGAUUUAGGAAGGAUAUUUCCCAAAAAUAUUCCUUGCAUGUAAUCAAACAGUGAGAUGCAGCUGAACUGCAAAAUGGAAUCCAAGGUGAAGCGUUAAAAAAGCUCUAUGUACCAUGGCUAAAUUAUUAAAGUAAAUCCUCGUUAAAAUUUACCACGGCUUCGUUAACGUGGGAACUGCCUUUUACCAUGGUGUGUGUAACUGCACCUAAUCGUUUAAGUGGCGACGAAAGUCACGAAAACUGUUUUUGGAAAAACUUUUCUUAACCAAAGUUCGGGCAUACAUCUGUAUACACAUUCUUGUGCACUCACUUCUCUAGUAGAAAGAAAAGCUGCUCCGAUUUUUCUCAAGAUUUCCCUAAUGGUUAAAUUUGAAGCUUUAACUUCUUUUGCUGCACUUACAAUAGCCUGUGAACCUUCUGUGUCAUCCUUUGUACAGUAUGAACAAACAUAAGUUACACACUUUUUUAAGUGAUGAUUUAAGACAGGCUGGAAGUCAACAUUUGCUCUAAAGCCUUUUACCCCAACACGAAAAUAGUUAUUGAUAAAACAACUGUCAAGUAGUCUUUAAAAGUGCAGCUGAAAGUCAGAAUCAUCAGAAACCGUUAAAGCCCAGUAGUAUUGUUCAUGCAUGCACUGUAAAGGCCGCCCCCCCCCCCCCCCAAAAAAAAAUGAAAAUGUGUGAUCACACGUGUGAAAACACUUUGAAAGUGUGAUAGAAGUGUGAUUCAUGGAAUCACACUUUUAAUCACACUUCACUUGUGUGAUUUCUUAGAAUUCAUGCUUGAGAAGUGUGAUUCGUGUAGAAAGAAGUGUGAUAAAGAAGUGUGGUACAGAAGUGUGAUUUCAUAGGCAGCGGUGAAAAGAAAUUAUACUUUCAUGCAAAUCUCAUUAGAAUUCCGCAUGAAACUAAUGAUAACCAUUUAAAUGAAAAAUUGAAUUGGUGCUAUGCACUUUAGAAUAGGUGCAUUUUAGUACUUAACUGCUCCUUUUCAUUUUUAGGGUGAAUCCUUCCAUUAUAAUAAAUAAUUGCAUGUACAACACUCAAAAAAAAGAUUUGUCCAAAGCUGAUCAAAAUAUAUUUAAGAGCGCCUCUCUGUAAAAAUCAGACAAAUUCAAAAUUUCGCGGCAAGGGUGGAGAAUUCGAUUUCUUUCAUAUAUUAAUGUUAGAUAGCCUAGCGUAUAACUAAAAUCACCGUAUAGUUUUUUCGGUGAAAUAUCCUUUUAUUUCAGAGAUAAAUGCAAAUAACCAAAACCCAUUAAAAUCGUCAUUUGAGGCGCUCAAUUAUAUAUAUGGGUUUGAAAGCCUCGCGUGCAAAACACCGAUUACUCUAUCGUCUUUAAAACAUUACAGCCUUCUUUUACAACCACUAAAUAUCUGUUAAAAUGAUUUGGGGAGACAGUGCUCUGUUCUUUGUAUACAAAAUAAUUUAAUUUCGACUGCAUACAUUUUACGUCAGUAAAAGUAAUGGGUGAAAAAAACAUAAUUUUCACCAUGAGCGAAACCUUCAAAUCGAUUAAGCUGCUGGUGGUUGAAUGUUAGAAGGUUGGUCUACAGAUUCCUGUAAAAAUUUCUUUGGGCAAAUGAUUAAUAGCGACGCGAGAGCUUUACAAAAUCUGUUGAAAAUGCAGAAAUUUGACCUUCCGCGGUCAACUUUGUUGCGAGUCGGACAAAAAUUUGGUCCCUUCGCUUGUCUAGACCCACAGUAGAUUACAAUAAGCAGACGGGGAACCGUUUUGAAAUGUUCUUACUCUAAAAUCAGGGGCACCCAACGAGAAUGUAGUUCAAAACCACUUAAACAUGGCAUUGUUAAACGUAUUUUAGUAUUUAAACGGUAGAUAUAGGCAUAUUUUUUAUCCCCCCAAAGUUUUUCAUCUGUUCGGAUUUCCUAGCUGAAAGUCUAGUGAUCCGAAAAAUUAUAGGGAUCAAAACUUACCUUUUCGAAAUUUUCAGCCAGAAAAAAGGCCCCCGAAAAUUCUAGGUGACCUUUUUAGCGUAAAAAUCUGUUUAAAAUGGGCAAUUAUAGCGGGGCUCCCGCGCGCGCAAAGCGCGUGAGGGACAGAGCCUCAUACUCAUGGAAUAUGGUCAACCUCUUUUCGUUUGGUUGUCACGUGAUUGACCGAGCGUACGUACGUACGUGUGGGUCUAGACAAGCGAAGGGACCAAAUUUUGUCCGACUCGCAACAAAGUUGACCGCGGCAGGUCAAAUUUCUGCAUUUUCAACAGAUUUUCUAAAGCUCGUACGUACGUACGUACGUACACGUCUACAGAUUGUACGGGUGGGGUAGGGGAGGCUAUCAAAAGGAAGGGAGGGGUGUCUCAGGCGUCUCUUGGCAAGUCCUCAUCUUUUAUAAUUAUAGGACAUUCACAAUAUGGUCAAUUGACAGCUGAAGACGUUUAUGGUUUUUAUGUACAGUUUCCAAAAACUAUGGUUAAAAACAUCAACGAAGAAGGAUAUACGGUAAAGUAAAAUAAACUUUAAAAAAUUGGAAAAAAUAAAUCUAAAUUAUUUGGUCACGUGAUUUACCACGCCCUCCAUUGUUCGAAAAUUGCAACCAACGAUUCCCACCAAUUGCCAAACGAGUAGCUUCAGUUUCUCUGUAUCAAAACAUUGUCCCUACAAAGUGUCUGCGAAAUCAGCUCGGAAUGGCUCGAAACAUUUCAAUUGGCAGGUGCAAGUGGUGUUCAUUGACUAGUGCCAGUCCUCCUCUAGCUAAAAUUAUCGACAGGAGAAAGACGUUUAUUGACCUCACUUCAUUCCGAUUGUUUUAACGAGAAAACUAUUAGUAGCCACUUUUUGGGCCUACUAAAGGAAAACGGUUUGCUCUCUAUCUGGUGGGAAUUCCGACUCAAAGGAUUUCUCGAUAAAACAGGGCGUGGUUGGUCACGUGAUGCAGUUAUAAACAAUUUUUAAAAUGAAACUGAACGAUUUCUUGGUCAUGAUUGGCCUUAAAUUAUUAGUCAUGGGAUAUCUUAAAAAUACUUUACGUUAUACCACCCCCCUUUAAAAAUUGUGAAAAAUCUUUUAAGACCCAGGCUUUAAUCUACUUGAGUUUGCAAAGAAAAACAAGAGACUGCUCGCAGUCUAUCCUCAAUCUAGCACAACAAACCAGUUCAAUUUUCCCUAAUCUUAACGCGAAAUCUGCCAUAUCAACAUCGAUCCUUCUCUCAGUGCGAAAGAAUCCCGUUAAAAAAAAAACCUUUUUUUCUCUUUACAGUGCGAAAGAAUCCCGUUCAAAAAAAAAAAAAAAAAAAGAACAUUUUGGACGUUUCAUGUUGAAGUCAAAUGAAAAACCUCAUUGGCUUCUCUCCCUUGGAUAUGGAUAUUUACCAGCAUGGUAAAUUUAUCUCAUGAAAGUCCGGUCACACGCACCACGCCAAUUUCCCGCUGUAAAAGGGUCAUUUACCAUGGUAAAAGUGUCCCCUGUAACCGCACCUAUUAUUGAAUGUCUUCAAGCUCACUUUAUUUUGAUGAUGUCUUUUUGCUCUUUAUAUCCUUUUACACUUACAAUAAUGAACAUCCCAGUCUCUCUCCUGCACACAUUUGUUGUUGAUACAGUACUCACCUUUCCAACGCCAUUCAACAUAAUUCUUGCUUACAACAAAACAUCCCGCGUAAACGCAAUCACACAGGCGUAUUAUACAAAGAAGAUGUCAAGCAGUGACGCAAAAUGCCAUGAUUGUGCAUAAGAUAAAUACUGGAUUGUUUCAAUCAGGAGAAUGACAUGAGUGGCCACAUAUAACCCAAUCCAACAUCUUCAUGUGCAAACUGCGUAGGUGACAGUUAUUUUUAACUCCAUUGGGUUAAUUAGAUUAAAUCGAUUUCUCUCCUACACCAACCACAAAAGCGGCAAAUUCCAAAGCUUUCACGUGCAAACUGCAUGACAGUACAACUCGGCUUGGCUUUCCCGGUUUGUCUGGCUGGAUAGCUCUGCCGAGGUGACUUUUAUCCCGGUAUUACAUGAGCUGUUGAUAGAAAGGGAUAUUUUUGUUCGAGCGACCGAAAUGACUGGACCGGUCAAAGUGGACCACCUUUAAAGGUGGUCCCAAAUAUACCGGUCGGACCGAACCAAAAUUGGUCCGUUCCAUUUGAUUUCUAACCGAAAUUUCCAGAAUUUUGGACUGAACAGAAAGCGCCUGUGAUUACUUGGAAAAUUUCCAGCCUGAAUCCUGGCAUCACAAUACUGGGAUCCCAGCUAACCGAGCUGGCUCGGCCCUUGGCUUUAUUGCCAGAUUUUAUGCCCUACCUCUUGACCUCACCGAGUUUUCAAAGCCCCCCCCCCCGAACCCACAGCCCCCCCCCACCCCCAAACACCUUAAUACCCUUGUUUUUUUUUUGUUUUUUUAACUUUUCCCUACUAUCCCGUGCCCGUCCCGAAAAAUUGUGUGAUUUUUAUUGGCUGCGACUUCGAAUCACGUACAAGUCAGGUUGGAUUGCACAUGCAGAAAAAAAGAUACUGCGUCAGCAAAGGAGGGAAAAGUAAGCUGAAUGGAUAAUUUGCUUGUUAUUUUGAUUCGUUUCGAAAUUGUGAGCGCUUGCCAUUUGUAUGGAAAACCCGGAAAUUUCGGCCAAAAUUCAAGUGGAACGGUUCAUCCCGGUGGAAAUUUUCCGAAAUAAAAGUAAUACCUUUCGAGGUAUUACCUUUUUCACAUGCUUACCGAAAAGACCGAAAUUUUCUGUACCAGUUGUUUGGGUUACCAGUGCCAGGCUUAAUGCCGAGAGAAAGUGGAAAAUCUAUCGGUGUUUUGUAAAUGGUACAACUCAAUUCCGUUCCCGUUUUCGGUGGCCGUAUCAACAAGCAAAAGAGUCCGGUCUGAAAAGGGUAAAAAUAGACUUAGGCAAAGUAUGGAAGGUCACGCGGAAACGUUAAAGUUGAACCUCGCUCAACUUUUACUUAAUUUCAAUUGUUGUUUCACUGCAGGGAGUCUUGGAAUUUUUACUGGACAAGUACAGACUUAAAUACGGGGAUUUCUUUCCUCCAGGAAGUGAGUGUGCUAUGUAUUUGAGUCCCAAAAAUUCAGCUUAUUCCAGUAAUUGGAACAAUUUGUUUUCAAUUCAAAUUAUUUUAACCCUCGGACGUACAAGGUAGAGGGGGAGGUUGCCACACCCCUAAGGUUUUUCUGAGUUUUUUCCUAGAGGGUAAAACAUCAGCACCUGCCGUUUUCAGUAGCUGUUCGUUUAUCCCUCGGCACAUUUUGAGUGAGGUCCAGUGAUGAUCAGUUUCUAUGGUUACGAGAUAUGACGUCAUAAGUAGCAAGCGGUCAAACCAUUUUGAGUGGAAAUACAUGGUUUUUCAACUUCUUUUAACAAUAAAAGUAAAUCUUGUGGCUAAAAUCAUGCAAAGUGCUUAUUUGUGUUAUUUUUCAUGUCAAGCGCAAAAAGCACCAUUUCUAGCGGUUUUAACUUGAUUUCUAAUUCUUGGUAAAAUCCAAGAUGGCGACAAUUGUUGGUAACGUCACAGGCCUCCAGCAGUGCCACCACCCAUUAAAUAUACCUCAUCUUCUUAAGAAGAUCAAAGGCUUUCCACUGAAGGUAAAAUCGUUUCUAAAUACUGCAACAUAUCAAAAACCCUUGGGGGGAUUCUUGCCCCCUCCUCCGCUUGUACCACUAUGGGGGGUAUGAAUUUGUGUGUCAUCCGAGGGGUAACUUUUCAAAGAAACUAUUAGGAGCCGGUCCAUAAAAUGAUUACAUUUCUUGUUACAUGUAAUAUUCAGAUAAAAUCGACCAGAUACUUGACGAUGCAGAGAAUACUGAAAGCAUGGUUAAUCAGAUUCUUUACCGAACCUUCACGUAUCAAAAAUGUUAUGACAAAGCUCUUCUUCCUACCGGUGCAAAGGUAACUAUACCAUUUUAGUAUUGAUUAUUUGAAACGUGGUCAGGGUGGGGAAGGACAAAAACGGGGAAAAAAUAGCACAAAAAACUGUGACAGAAAAAAAAAAUACAUGCAAAUCGACAGGGCUGAAUAACGUACUGCGCAUGCCCGUGGCCGUGACAAUACUUGUUUACUAAGCGUAGCAGGGCAACGGAUGCACUUUCAUCUGAUAAACUCAUUUGUGAGUGCUAACGACGAAGAAUACGUUAGAAGUGCGAGUCUUGUUAAGGAAUUUUAAGUAAACCAGGGAUCAAAGAGAAUUCUUUUGACCGUCUCGGCGAGGUUUUUCAUUGUUUUGAUCGUAAGUUUUAGCAGAAAGAUGACUGAGAGAAAAAGAGCAUUGCUUGAGUUUUGGCGACUUUUCUUACAUGGUACGAAAACGAUUUACUCUAACAAUACCUUAUUACGUUUGAAGAAGAGCAAAUGUAGUUGAGCGAUGCGAUGACUCUUGUGGGUCGUUUCUUGGUAGCACGAAAGCGGACAAGGAGCGCAAUGAAGCCACUAGACACAAGAAAAUUACGCUUAAUCAAUUAAAGUAUUCAAACAUACACAAAUAUUGGUGCGAUCAAAGAAGCCUUUCCUUACAUAUAGCUUAUAUGUACAGGGGAAGGAUACCAAAAUCAUUUCGGUAGAGGUUGUGGUGUAUGUACUACUAACAGUUACAUCUAGUGGAAACUGCACAAAUGAGUGUUCUUAGGAAUGGCCGGAGAUUUCGAUAUGUUUCUCAUGAAUUAAGAUAACGUACGCAGUUAGGUGAGUGCCGAUCUGCCCAGUGGUAUGCUGUGGGCUCAAACCCUGGCCGGACCACAACUCAGGUCUUUAACCCUGGAUCAAUUCCGUUCCGUAUGAAACGAUGCAGAUCGCCCAUUUCUAAACGACUUAUGCUUCCAGGUAGUGCAAGUGUUUAGGUUGGUGAGCAACGAUCUUUGCACAGAUAACUCACUUUGGAAAUUCUGACCAACCCACCUCGAGUUACACACCAAAAAACAAAAACAAUUCACUGACUACUCUUUGCAAAUUGAAUUUCUCCAAUUCCUGGAAAGUUGGCGGGGCAAAACGCCUUAGGAAAAACGAUCAUCUAAGAAGCAAAACUAGAUAAAAAAAGAAAUGAAAAGGAAAAAAAGGUGGCAAUUUAUCAAAGCAUAGUUAAGCAUAGUUUCAAAUCUGAAAAUAACGGUGCUGUACUUUAGAUUGGAAGCUCCCUGACGGUGCACAAUCCUUUGACAAUGUUUUCGUUCACAAAUUGUGACAGAAAAAAAAUUAAUGCGAUGUUUCUAUUGGUCAGUAAGUUCAAAAUGAUAGGAAUGCUAUUAAACGUUGCGUACGGUCAGGUUCAAAAAAGCUAAUAAAAAUAUAUCACCAUUCCACUUUAACAACAAUGAUCAAUUGAGGGAUCGAAAUAAAUUCGUAAAAAAAAGCACAACAAAAACCGAGGAAGUCAAUUUACAUUAGUAAAGUAUGUCAUAAUAAAGUGUUGUAAAUCCCAUUUUAGGCUAUUUCCUUGCGUACUGGAGGAAAACCGGUCGAAAAAGGAAAAUUUGGGGAAAAAAUGUUUUUUUCCCACUAAUAAAAGGCCGUCGCCAAAGUGAUUACAUGUACUAAUAAAUAACUGAGGUGAAAGUGCAUCCUUUGAAAUGCCAUCUUCAAAUGGUUAGACUUUCUAGUCUUUUCGGAUAAGGCCGACGAUAAACUGCAGACCCUGUUUUUAAACACUUUCAGGAACAGGGAAACGAAGUACCCGGUGUGGUAGUCUAUCUUUGACAGCGUGUGGUCGGCCUCACUGGCUUAUCUUUAAGGGCUUCAAAGAGAAUGAUACCCACUCAGGAAACUCAAGAACUCACAGGAAACUUGAAAACAUAACUUUACAGACUUAAAUGUAAGCUAAUAUUUAAGUUAUCAUCAUAAUAAAAUAAACACAGGGGUUAAAGAGAAAGGUGUUUCUGUUGACUUCACAGGCGUGGGAAGCCCAUGAAGCUAUACUGGUAGACGGUUACCUUAUAACCCAUCACCCAGAUGUACGCGACUAUGAUCCGAAUCAUGGCGCUAGAUACACGAUACCCUUUUCCCCCAGAUUUCCACAUUUUGAGGUAAGAAUACACCAUUUUCACAAUAACAUCAUUUAAAUGCAGCCGACAAAGUGCUUUAAGUACCAUAUAUAAUCUCUCAUUUUACAUGUAUGAUACGUGGGGUCACCCGCCGAGGUUGGCUACUCGAUCUCCCAGACCUAUCAACGUUGAAAUUUGGCUCAGAAUCAAAACUGUUUCUUUCCAAGGUGAUGAUUCUGGAAAGUGGGGAGACACGAUGGCUGGGGAUAGGAGUAGUGUUUGGCGAUUACGACACGGAAUUGAUGCCUGGAUGGGCCGAAGGAACAGUUGGAUUUCACACAGAUGACAGGAAAAUAUUUGAUACGAUCGGUCAGGGGAGAAAGACUAUAGGUUUGUAAUCUAGUACAUUUUUUAUUUUGAUUAACGACGGCAAAAUAUUACAUUGGAUGACAGGAAAAUGUACGACACACUGGAAAGAAACAUGGAAGAAAAUGAUUUUAUUCAAUUAAGCAUAGUAUUGCACUUGAAAAUAUUUUGGGUUACAUGAAUAAGUUAGUCCUAAAGAGUGUAACGCGGAAGGCUGACGAAAAGACAAAGUUGCAGUCAAGUUUUUGAUGAGUCCGUUCUAUUUUCGCUCAUUUUUUAUUAUCGAUUUUCGCAUUACUUAAUCCACGUGACAGUUUUUACUGAAAAAAAAAAAAAAAGAAAAGGCUGUCAUGUUUCAGAUGUACUACUACGAGUGCCUAUUAGUCUGAUUUUUAACCUUUCGAUUUGUAAAGACAGUUGGUGGUUGGUAAGGAGUUUAUGAGAAUUCUUUUGACCGUCUCGGCGAGGUUUUUCAUUGUUUUGAUCGUAAGUUUUAGCAGAAAGAUGACUGAGAGAAAAAGAGCAUUGCUUGAGUUUUGGCGACUUUUUUUACAUGGUACGCAAACGAUUUACUCUAACAUUACCUUAUUACGUUUGAAGAAGAGCAAAUGUAGUUGAGCGAUGCGAUGAUUCUUGUGGGUCGUUUCUUGGUAGCACGAAAGCGGACAAGGAGCGCAAUUAAGCCACUAGACACAAGAAAAUUACGCUUAAUUAAUUAAAGUAUUCAAGCAUACACAAAUAUUGGUGCGAUCAAAGAAGCCUUUCCUUACGUAUAGCUUAUAUGUACAGGGGAAGGAUACCAAAAUCUUUUCGGUAGAGGUUGUGGUGUAUGUACUACUAACAGUUACAUCUAGUGGAAACUGCACAAAAGAGUGUUCUUAGGAAUGGAAAUUUCGAUAUGUUUCUCAUGAAUUAAGAUAACGUACGCAGUUAGGUGAGUGCCGAUCUGCCCAGUGGUAUGCUGUGGGCUCAAAUCCUGGCCGGACCACAACUCAGGUCUUUAACCCUGGGUCAAUUCCGUUCCGUAUGGAACGAUGCAGAUUGCCCAUUUCUAAACGACUUAUGCUUCCAGGUAGUGCAAUUGUUUAGGUUGGUGAGCAGCGAUCUUUGCACAGAUAACUCACUUUGGAAAUUCUGACCAACCCAGUUCGAGUUACACACCAAAAAACAAAAACAAUUCACUGACUACUCUUUGCAAAUUGAAUUUCUCCAAUUCCUGGAAAGUUGGCGGGGCAAAACUCCUUAGGAAAAACGAUCAUCUAAGAAGCAAAACUGGAUAAGAAAAGAAAUGAAAAGGAAAAAAAGGGGGCAAUGUAUCAAAGCAUAGUUAGUGGAGGAGACUGGUUAGGAAAGCCGGCAGACAUCAAAUCUGAAAAUAACGGUGCUGUACUUUAGGUUGGAAGCUCCCUGACAGUGCACAAUCCUUUGACAAUGUUUUCGUUCACAAAUUGUGACAGAAAAAAAUUAAUGCGAUGUUUCUAUUGGUCAGUAAGUUCAAAAUGAUAGGAAUGCUAUUACACGUUGUGUACGGUCAGGUCCAAAAAAGCUAACAAAAAUAUAUAACCAUUCCACUUUAACAACAAUGAUCAAUUGAAAGAUCGAAAUAAAUUCGUAAAAAAAAGCACAACAAAAACCGAGGAAGUCAAUUUACAGUAGUAAAGUAUGUCAUAAUAAAGUGUUGUAAAUCCCAUUUUAGGCUAUUUCCUUGGUUACUGGCGGAAAACCGGUCGAAAAAGGAAAAUUUGGGGAAAAAAUGUUUUUCCCACUAAUAAAAGGCCGUCGCCAAAGUGAUUACAUUUACUAAUAAAUAACUGAGGUGAAAGUGCAUCCUUGGAAAUGCCAUCUUCAAAUGGUUAGACUUUCUAGUCUUUUCAGAUAAGGCCGACGAUAAACUGCAGGCCCUGUUUUUAAACCCUUUCAGGAGCAGGGAAACGAAGUACCCGGUGUGGUAGUCUAUCUUUGACAGCGUGUGGUCGGCCUCACUGGCUUAUCUUUAAGGGCUUCAAAGAGAAUGAUACCCACUGACGAGACUCAAGAACUCACAGGAAACUUGAAAACAUAACUUUACAGACUUAAAUGUAAGCUAAUAUUUAAGUUAUCAUCAUAAUAAAACAAACACAGGGGUUAAAGAGAAAGGUGUUUCUGUUGACUUCACAGGCGUGGGAAGCCCAUGAAGCUAUACUGGUAGACGGUUACCUUAUAACCCAUCACCCAGAUGUACGCGUCUAUGAUCUGAAUCAUGGCGCUAGAUACACGAUACCCUUUUCCCCCCGAUUUCCACAUUUUGAGGUAAGAAUACACCAUUUUCACAAUAACAUCAUUUAAAUGCAGCCGACAAAGUGCUUUAAGUUCCAUAUAUAAUCUCUCAUUUUACAUGUAUGAUACGUGUGGUGACCCGCCGAGGUUGGCUACUCGAUCUGCCAGACCCAUCAACGUUGAAAUUUUGCUCAGAAUCAAAAUUGUUUCUUUCCAAGGUGAUGAUUCUGGAAAGUGGGGAGACACGAUGGCUGGGGAUAGGAGUAGUGUUUGGCGAUUACGACACGGAAUUGAUGCCUGGAUGGGCCAAGGGAACAGUUGGAUUUCACACAGAUGACAGGAAAAUAUUUGAUACAGAAAAUAACGCUAACGGGAAAAAGACUAUAGGUUUGUAAUCUAGCAUAUUUUUUAUUUUGAUUAACGAAGGCAAAAUAUUACAUUGGAUGACAGGAAAAUGUACGACACACUGGAAAGAAACAUGGAAGAAAAUGAUCUUAUUCAAUUAAGCAUAGUAUUGCACUUGAAAAUAUUUUGGGUUACAUGAAUAAGUUAGUCCUAAAGAGUGUAACGCGGAAGGCUGACGAAAAGACAAAGUUGCAGUCAAAGUUUUUUAUGAGUCCGUUCUAUUUUUGCUCAUUUUAUAUUAUCGAUUUUCGCAUUACUUAAUCCACGUGACAGUUUUUACUGAAAAAAAAAGAAAAGAAAAGGCUGUCAUGUUUCAGAUGUACUACUACGAGUGCCUAUUAGUCUGAUUUCUAACCCUUCGACUUGUAAAGACAGUUGGUGGUUGGUAAGGAGUUUAAUUAUUAUUAUUAUUUGUUUUUCCCUUAAUAAGGCUCUACCGCAGCUCGCCGAGGUGACAUCAUUCGAUGCACUGUCAAGUUUGAAGACAAGCUAGAGAUAGACGGUCAAAUCCGAAUUCCUGUUGUUUUUAGUGUAAACGGAAGCAAGAUAAUUCCCGAAGAUAUGAACCCAUCUUAUAUUGAAUACAGCGUGGACAGACCUCUGUACCCUUACCUGGCCUUUGAAUACGAAAACAGCGUUCUGGCUAAGGUAAUAUUACCGCGGUAGACACUUUGUUCUAAACGUGGAAUAGUUUCAUAUCUAAAUUGUUGUUAUCAAACCAAGAUGAUAUACUUAGGUGCGUACCAAUCCAACAAAUACAGAAGGAGUUGUGGUGAGAAAGAAUAGAACGAAAGGAAACGAAAGGAUAAUAGAUAAUGAUAAAUAAUUUGUGAAUUAAAGAUCGUUUACCCUCUAAGGAUGAGCUUUUUAGUGGGGGUGGAGGGGGGGGGGGGGGGGGGGGGUGUAGGCGAUGGUGUGCUUUUGGUCUGGGGGUGUGUGCUUGGUUGUGCUAUUUUUUAAUUGUAUUGUGUUGGAGUUGCAGAUGUUGGGGCAUGGGGGGUGGUGGGUGGGGGGGGGGGGGGGGGGGGGGGGGGGGGUUAGGAUAAGACGGACAUCUCUCUAAUACAGACACGUAGUGCCAGCCUCAAAGGUCAGAGCCCGUCUCAGAGAGAAUUGACUGAAAUCACCAAAGUUGAUUCAUUUGAAUAUAAGGAUUUUGUCCACAGACCCAAAAGUUAGAACUGCCUUACAAAACUCCAUCUGAUCUAGUAAGUCAACAACCUCCACUUUUUAAUCUCGUAGUACUGGCACUUGUGAUGUGGAAACUUCGCCUACCUAAUAGUUUCUGUCUCUGCUAGCAGGGCCUUAAGGUUUUAAUUCGCUUGCUCCACUUUGGCGAACUCGAGAAAGAAUCUGCAUGAAUCGCGUAAAAUCUUUGUUGAGCAUGCGCGGCAUGUUGCUAGGAUAUAGUUCCGACUCCAAGCACAGGGUGCAGAGAAGUUAUUUUUGAUAGCAAUUGAAACGAAAAUUUUACUGUCGAACGCAUGAGUGGCCUCUUUCUACUGUAGAUUCUGUUAUCAACUGGACCUUUCAAACCGUCGUGCGAUCAAACCUGGUAAAAUAUUAUCCAAUGCUCCAGAAAGCUGCUGAAAGUUAUGACUGCGGACGAAUAACAGCGACAAAAAGAGAAAUUUUCGCUUCAUUUGCCAUCGCAAAUAACUCCUCUGCUCCCUAUGCCCCAAGCCUAAAAGCUGUGCGCUUGGUACAGGGGGCUCGGUUAUGACCAUCGGGUUAUCAAUAAACGGAUGCUCGCACUCGAAAACAAAAUGCUGUGUCACGAGUGAGAACACAAAUUUGGGCUGCAGCGACCUCAAAAGGUUCACGUGAUUAAGGCAGAUCCCCCUUUUCUCCUCUUCACUGAAGAAGACAAAAGGCGGCUCUGAUCACAGGUUGAUUGUUUAUUUGUUGCGAACGUUUGACUGUAUUGUGGUUAAGGUUGUCUUUCUUUAUAUUUGCCUCAGAUGUGUGCGGGGGAGGACAUUGAUUUUCAAGGCCAAGAGUUAACAUCAAACAUCACCGAAGUGGAAUCCAAACUUCAAACGAAGUUAGAAUGCGUGGAGAGA